UGUCCGUACAGUCACACACUGCACACACACACACCUGCGGGAGGAGCUGCGCUGCGCUGCGGAGCGGAGCGCUGCGGGGCGUGAGACCGGCUUCGCUCACACUCAACUUGGGCAUCGUCAUCAUCGGCGCUGGCGGAUAACGGAUCUGCUCGGGACUACAUCCAGCCACGAUGUCCGACUUUAUUUUGGCAUUUCUGAGCAUGUCGGGAUUAUUACUGCUGGUUAAAACGCUGACAGUGGCUGGGGCUGAGCAAGCGUGUGAUGUGGAGGAAUAUCUGUGUGCGGACGGCCGCAGCUGUGUUUCUGAGAGCUGGCUGUGUGACGGGGAGCUCGACUGCCCCGACGGCUCUGAUGAAACGCCAACCAUAUGCUUGCGGCAGGUAAAGGUGAGAUGUCCCGUCAAUCACCUCCAGUGCCUCGGCACCCACACGUGUGUUCAUUUCAGUAAACUCUGCAAUGGAGUACGGGACUGCGAGGACGGAUACGACGAGGGUGUGCACUGCCGUGAGUUGGUGCGUAACUGCAAGGAGCGGAGGUGUCAGUUUGACUGUGUGAUCAUGAGAAACGGGACGUCUUGUUUCUGCGGGGAAGGUUUUGAACUGGACGAGGAUGGGAGACGGUGUCGAGAUCAUGAUGAAUGCAGGGAUUAUGGGACAUGCAGUCAGAUCUGUAUGAACACGCAGGGAUCGUACAGAUGCGGUUGCACAGAUGGCUUCAGCCUGCAGGCCAACAGACGAUCCUGCAAAGCCAAAACAGAUCCUGGUGAUAAACCUCCGGUUCUGUUGACAGCAAAUAUGAAUUCCAUAUCAGUUGUUUACCUCAAUGGAUCAUCUAUGCCAAAUCUCAAGUCCAUGGAGACAAAUGGGACUCAAAUAUUGGACUUUAUUUAUAGAGAAGAGUCGCUCUGUUGGCUCUCAUUGGCACAGGAUACAGGUCAGCUGUGGUGCGCCCGCAUGACCAAACUCAAAGGCUUUUCAGAAAAACACCAGAUACGGAUAGGUCAGAACCUGCAAAAUGUGGAGCAUAUGGCCAUCGACUGGUUGACGGGAAACUUCUACUUCGUCGACAGAGUGAACGACCGGAUUUUCGUGUGCAGCGAACAAGGAGAUGCAUGUGUCACCAUCAUCGACCUGGACAUCCAGAACCCAAAAGGCCUAGCGCUGGAUCCCAUCAUGGGAAAACUCUUUUUCACGGAUUACGGGACGGUAGCCAAGGUGGAGCGUUGCAACAUGGACGGUACCAACCGAACCAGGAUAGUGGAGUAUAAAACCGAACAGCCGACCGCCGUGACGUUGGACUUGGUCAGAAAGCUUGUCUACUGGGCGGACGCUUAUCUGGAUUUUAUCGAAGUUGUGGAUUAUAAUGGCAAGAACAGACAAACGAUCAUCCAAGGAAACUCGGUGUCGCACCUGUACGGAUUAACGCUCUUUGAAGAUUACCUGUUUGCAACGUGCUCUGAACCCUCCAGAGAGAGCAAGGUGGACAUAUUUAGGAUAAAUCGGUUUAACAGCAGUGACACAAACACUGUUGCCACUUUGGAAAAUGCCAGAGCCGUCCGAGUUUACCACAGACUGGCUCAACCUACAGUCAGGACUCACGCAUGCAGCCCUGACCCGCACGGACGAAAAGGUGGAUGCUCGCAUAUCUGUCUCCUGAGCCACAACUACAAAUCACGCGUGUGCCGCUGCCGGACCGGCCACGUCCUUGCCAGCGACGGGAAGUCGUGCAAAAAACCAAAGAAUGAGCUGUUCCUGUUUUACGGAAAAGGACGACCCGGGGUUAUCCGAGGUCUGGAUAUGAAUAUCAAGUCUGGAGAUGAACAUUUGAUUCAAAUCGAAGGCCUCGUGAGUCCUAGAGCGCUGGAUUUCCAUGCUGAGAGUAGCUACAUCUACUUCGCCGACACCACCAGCUUUCUAAUAGGACGGCAGAAAAUUGACGGAACCGCCAGGGAAACAAUCCUUAAGGACGAGCUGGAUAACGUUGAGGGUAUUUCAGUGGACUGGAUUGGUAAUAACCUGUUCUGGACAAAUGACGGUUAUAGAAAGACCAUCAACGUAGCUGGACUGGACCGGCCCUCGCAGACUAGGCGAACGCUUUUAGAAGGCAAUAUGUCUCAUCCCAGAGCCAUUGUUGUGGAUCCUCUAAACGGAUGGAUGUAUUGGACGGACUGGGAGGAGGAUGAGUUAAUUGACAGCCGAGGAAGGAUAGAGAAGGCGUGGAUGGAUGGAUCUCACCGUCAGAUCUUCGUCACGUCCAACAUGCUGUGGCCCAACGGCCUCACUCUGGACCACUCCUCCAGCGUCAUGUACUGGUGUGAUGCCUACUUCGACCACAUUGAGAAAAUCUACCUCAAUGGCAGCCACAGAACGGUGGUGUACAGCGGGAAAGAGUUGAAUCACCCAUUUGGGAUUGCGCAUUACCAGAAUUACAUAUUCUGGACGGAUUACAUGAACGCUUCGAUAUUCCGUCUGGAUUUGUCAUCCAAUGAUGUUGCCCUAAUGCGAGCAGAAAGACCACCUCUCUUCGGGAUUCAGGUGUAUGACCCGCAAAGCCAGAAAGGUAAUAACCAGUGUUCGGCGAAUCACGGUGGCUGCGGCUCUUCGGCUCUCUGCCUCGCUACGCCUGCAGGCCGUGUGUGCGCCUGCGCAGACGGCCAACAUCUGGAGAAAGACAACGUCACUUGUUCGUCCCCAUCAGAGGUCAUGAAGACAAAGCGCUGCGGCCCAGCGGAGUUUCAGUGCCAGAACCUGCGUUGCAUUCAGCUCUCGUGGAAGUGUGAUGGGGAUGAUGACUGCGCAGAUGGCAGCGAUGAAGAUCCACACCUCUGCUCUAAUCGGAGCUGCCCAGCGGACCAAUUUAAAUGCCUGAACAACCGCUGUAUCCCGAAGAGAUGGCUGUGUGACGGCACCGACGACUGCGGCAGCAACGAGGAUGAGUCCAACCGCACCUGCUCAGCCCAAACCUGCCAGCCGGGCCAGUUUCCCUGCGAGAAUGGACGCUGCAUCCCGGAGAACUGGCGCUGUGACCGUGAUGAUGACUGCGGGGAUCAGUCGGAUGAGUCUUCGUCAUGUGAUUUCCCGACCUGUGAACCGCUGACCCAGUUCGGCUGUACUAAUGGGAAAUGCAUCAGUGUGAAAUGGCACUGUGAUUCCGAGGAUGACUGCGGGGACGGCAGUGAUGAGGUGGGCUGUGUUCACGCCUGUUCAGUGGCUCAGUUUCAGUGCUCCAGUGGGAAGUGCAUCCCCGAGCACUGGAUGUGUGACGGGGACAAUGACUGCGGUGACCUCAGCGACGAGAACGCCACCUGCUCCAGGACAGCGCUCUCUGCCAUUAACGACUGCAGCGACAAAGAGUUCCACUGCCGCGGCGAUGGCACCUGCGUUCCUGAAAUAUGGCGUUGCGACGGAGACAAAGACUGUGAGGAUGGUAGCGAUGAAUUCGCAUGUGAGGGAGCCAAGAGAGUGUGUGACCCCAAGGCAAAGUUCACCUGCAAGGUCUCAGGGAAAUGUAUUAGUAAGGACUGGGUGUGUGACGGAGACAUAGACUGUGAGGACCAAUCGGAUGAGGAGGGCUGUGAAGUAUCUGUCUGUAAGCCUCCCAAGUUUCCCUGCGGCAAUGACACGUCUGUGUGCCUCCCGCCAGAGCGAAUCUGUAACGGUUGGAGGGACUGCGCGGACCAUUCCGAUGAGGGACCCUACUGUGAUGAGUGUUCGGUGAGGAAGGGCGGCUGUAGUCACGAGUGCUUGGUGGCGCCGGGUAAAGGUGUCGUGUGUUCCUGUCCGUCCGGGUUCCAUCUGGGUUCGGAUGGCCGGACCUGUGAAGCCCUGGAUUACUGUACCAAGCACCUACGGUGCAGCCAAGUGUGCGAACAGCACAAGAAUACUGUGAAAUGCUCCUGCUAUCCAGGCUGGAGUCUUGGACCUGAUGGAGACAGCUGUUAUAGUACAGAUCCUUUUGAGGCGUUCAUCAUUUUUUCCAUCAGACACGAAAUUCGUCGCAUCAACCUGCACAGGGGCGACUACAGUCUGUUAGUCCCCGGGCUCAGGAACACCAUCGCUUUGGAUUUCCAUUUCAGCCAGAGUCUGCUGUAUUGGACCGACGUCGUAGAGGACAAAAUUUACCGUGGGAAGCUGUCAGAAGGCGGCGGUGUUUCGUCAAUCGAAGUGGUGGUCCAACAUGGUCUAGCCACUCCAGAAGGCCUUGCCGUUGACUGGAUAGCCGGAAAUCUCUACUGGAUCGACAGUAACCUGGACCAGAUUGAGGUGUCCAAGCUAAACGGCGAAUUACGAACCACCCUCAUCGCCGGGGGUAUGGAGCACCCCCGGGCCAUCGCCGUGGACCCCGGCCAGGGUGCCUUGUUCUGGACCGAUUGGGACGCCACGUUUCCUCGCAUCGAAGGCGCUUCCAUGAGCGGGAAACGGCGACAUGUGGUUUUCAAGGACAUGGACUCCGGCGCUUGGCCCAACGGAUUGACCUUGGACCACAUGGAGAGCAGGAUAGUGUGGACGGACGCCCGGUCUGACGCUAUAUACUCCGCUCUGUAUGAUGGCACGGGGAUGAUUGAAAUUCUUCGAGGCCACGAGUUCCUCUCUCACCCCUUCGCCGUGUCACUCUUUGGUGGGAAUGUCUAUUGGACAGACUGGAGGACCAACACUUUGACCAAAGCCAACAAAUGGACUGGAGCCAACGUGACUGUGAUCCAAAAAACCAGUGCCCAACCAUUCGAUCUGGAGAUAUACCAUCCUAGCAGACAGCCGCAAACUCCUAACCCGUGUGCCGGUAACAAAGGAAGAGGCCCGUGUUCUCACCUCUGUCUUAUAAAUUAUAAUGGUUCUGCGUCUUGCUCCUGUCCACAUCUCAUGAAACUGUCGGCCAACAACCGAAGCUGCCAAGGUGUGAAGAAGUUUCUGUUGUACGCUCGGAGAUCUGAGAUUCGAGGAGUGGACAUCGACAACCCGUACCUCAAUGUUAUCAUGGCCCUCACCGUACCCGAUAUCGAUGACGUCACGGCGAUGGAUUACGAUGCUGUAGACGAGAGGAUUUACUGGGCUGAUGUGAAGACGCGAACGAUAAAACGGGCGUUCAUUAACGGAACCAAGCUCGAAACCGUCCUGUCUGGAGACCUAUCCAAUGUCCGUGGCCUGGCCAUUGACUGGCUGUCAAGAAACAUGUACUGGAUGAGCUCAGACAACGACGAGACCCACAUUAACGUCGCCCGUCUUGACGGAUCUCUCAAAACCACCGUCGUUCACGGCAUGGACAAACCCAAGUGUCUCGUCCUGCAUCCAUCUAAAGGGAAGAUGUUUUGGAUGGAUGGGGGCACCAUAAAUAUGGCCAGUAUGGAUGGUAGCAACAUCAAGAUUUUGCACCAGAACCAGAAGGAGCCCGUUGGACUGUCAAUUGACUAUUCGGCCAACAAGUUAUACUGGAUAAGUUCUGGAAAUGGUACAAUUAAUAGGUGUAACCUGGAUGGGAGUGGCCUGGAUGUGAUUGACAGCUUGAAGAAGGAGCUCCGGAAAGCCACGGCACUAGCAGUGAUGGGUGGGAAGUUAUGGUGGGCAGACGAUGUUCUCGCUCAGCUGGGAACCGUUAACAAGAGGGACGGGAAAAACCUGACGGUUCUCCGGAAUAAGACCACAGGCGUCGUCCACAUCAAAGUGUAUGACAAAGACAGUCAGAAAGGUCGCAAUCCUUGCGUACCCAACAAUGGCGGUUGUUCCCAGCUUUGCCUUCCCACUUCCGAAACAACUCGGACGUGUUCUUGUACCACGGGAUACAACCUUCGUCAGGACCGAUCCACCUGUGAAGGUCUUCAGUCUUUCCUGAUGUACUCCGUUAAUGAAGGUAUAAGAGGAGUGUCUCUUGAUCCCAGCGAUAACUCGGAAGUUUUGAUGCCGCUAACUGGCACUUUGUUCGCCGUGGGUCUGGACUAUCAUGCUGGAAAUGAUACACUGUACUGGACAGACAUGGGCUCCAACAGAAUCUCUAGAUCCAGUCGAGAUCAGACCUGGAGAGAGGACAUCGUCACAAGCGGUCUUGGACGUGUUGAAGGACUUGCGGUGGACUGGAUUGCAGGUAAUAUUUACUGGACGGACCAUGGCUUGAAUCUCAUCGAGGUUGCUCGAUUGAACGGCAUGUACCGCGCCGUGGUGAAAUCUGACGGUCUUGAUCAACCCAGAGCCAUUGCUGUACACCCAAUGAAAGGGUUUCUGUUCUGGACGGAGUGGGGCCAAAGUCCUACUAUCUCCAGGUCACGUCUCGAUGGUUCAGAGCAGUCCGUGCUUGUUAGCACCGGACUAGCAAGGCCUAACGGCAUCUCCAUAGACUACCAGGAAAAUAAAUUAUACUGGUGUGACGCCCGGAACAACAAGAUCGAAAGAAUCAACCUUGAGCGGGGUGAGCAGAGGGAGAUUGUGUUCUCAUCGAGUGGGGUGGAUAUGUUUUCCAUAGCAGUCUUUGGGGCUUACCUCUUCUGGUCUGACAGAGCCUACGCCAAUGGAUCCAUCCGCCGUGCUUCCAAGAAAGACGCCGUGGACGUAGUGACCAUCAGGAGCGGCUUGGGCGUCAGUCUGAAAGAUGUGAAGGUCUUUAACCAGGAUCGGGAGAAAGGUACGAACGCUUGCAGCAAGGCGAACGGAGGAUGCCAGCAGCUUUGUUUUUACUUGGGGAAUAACCGGAAACAAUGUGCUUGUGCCCACGGAUAUCUUGCUCAGGAUGGACUUAGGUGCAACAGGUACGAGGGUUACCUGCUGUACUCUGAGAGGACCGUUUUGAGGAGUAUUCAUCUUUCUGACGAGAAUAACCUCAACUCGCCUAUUAGGGCAUACGAGAACCCAAAUUAUUUUAAAAAUGUUAUCGCUUUGGCCUUUGAUCAUCGUCAGAAAGUGCACGGAACCAAUCGGAUUUUCUUCAGCGAUGUUCAUUAUGGGAAUAUACAAGUGAUCAGCGACGACUGGACUGGACGGCGCGUCAUUGCUGAGAAUGUUGGUUCUGUGGAGGGGCUGGCGUACCACCGAGGAUGGGACGUCCUGUACUGGACGAGCUCCACCACAGCUACUGUCACCCGCCACAGCAUUGACCAGACCAGACCAAACGCCUUCAGCAGAGACACGGUGGUCUCCCUGUCUGAGGAGGACCAUCCGCAUGUCCUCACUCUGGACGAAUGUCAGAAUACCCCCCCCUCCAGGACCGGCACCAGACGGUCCCGGAGAGGAGGAUACCCGACGACGGUAGUCCUGGAUGAGAGUGGGAUCCAGUAUGAACCGUCCGGGAACCCAAGACCGCUCCUCCGGACCGUAGCCUUCCCAGUCGACGAGAUACUGGAUGCCACGGCCACGGCGGCGCGAGUCGAGGAUUCUCCGAACGGUGUAGGCAGGACCACCGUCAAUAAUCCGGGGUGGGGGGGAGUGGGAAUCUGGGGAGACAGAGGAGAGAAGAAAACAGUAAACCCUGUCACCCACAUGGAACAGUCGUCCCGGAGGGUGUCGGCGGCGGUGCUGAAUGAUGUAACGUCGGUUGGUUUUCUGGAUGGCAGCACGAGCGUGAUUCCAAAGCCGCCGACACCGGCGGACCAACUGUUGGGCGGACGGAACUUCAACCUCCGGUUCCUGAUGUUCAAAUAUGGGAGGUGGACUACGUGUUCGAGAAUUAACUCAGCGGUGGUUUUAGCAGAGGGGAGUCCGGAGAGAGCCACCAGGUGCACAGCCUUAGAGAAGCAAUCCACGAUGCGUCCUCCACCAAAACGCUCGAGAGAUGAAACUGAUGGUCCGCUGGACUCCCGGAUGACCCGGCAACGUGGAAUCGUGUCCCCACUGAAGCACCUCCUGGCGCAGGGCGCUGGGGACAAAGAGGCGUCCAGUGGGUGUGUCCGAUGGUGGGGGUUCCUGGCCGGCCCACCGCGCCUGCCUGGGGUUGAGUUGUUUGGCCUGUCGGAUGACUGUGAGAUUCUGAUGAUCAGUCCAGACGGUGAAUGGGUCACUGCCGCCCUGGAGCCAAUGACGCCAUUCCUCCAGAGCCCACUUGAUGGCCAACAGUUCACGGUCCCCUACCCCGUAACGCUGCUGAAGAACGGCUCCUACACCCACAUCGGCGGCGUCCACCUCCAUAAUGAAGGAUCUGGCCGGGUCAGGGUGAAUGAGGACAGGGGCCGAGGUGAAUUGGUGGCAGAGUGUCUUGAAGGCUUGGAUGGCUUCCGGAGUGAGAGUCUUAGAGUAGAUGAGGAUGUCGUCCAGCCCCCGAUAAUCGACACAAGGGCGGAGACCCCCGUCCUUCUUUUUGACGAAGAAGAACCCCGUGGAUGGUACCGGCGCGGAGUCCCUCAGCCACUGGCCGUGGGGUGGUACCGCGCCCGGCACGAGGUCGAUGGCGGGAUCGUAGGGGCGAUGAGGAGGCGGCCGGGCCGCGCUGCGCUUGCUAAAGACCUCGGCCAAGUCACGGUACUGGACGGGAAUGGCCUCAAGGUCGACAUCGGAGGCCUCGGACUCCCCGGAACACGUCCCAACCUUAGCCCGGAGACAGAGCUCCUGACAAGUCGCGCCCCAGUGCACAAUCCGGUUGGAUGUCCAGGAGAUGAAGGGGUCGUGAGCGACCAGCCACGGGUGUCCGAGGAUGAUGGGAGGGAAGUGCGUCCUAUUUGCAUGGGUUCCCCAGCUCUGCCGGAAUGGGCCUCUGAGGCGACUGGUGGAGGCGGAGGAGACGCAGUGACAGCGUGGAAGGUGGAUGGUUCAGGAUGUUGGAAGGCGGUUCUGAGUUCGGCGGUAAACGCAGGAUAUAAGUGGGCGGAGUCUCCAUCGGCUCUCAGAACCGCCGUAGCCCACUCUGCUGCCUGCCCCGUGAGGAGUGAUGUGAGGAGAGCGAUCCGGCUGCAGUCUGUGGGGGCGGUGAGAUCCGAGCGGAGAUUCGCGCACUCCGCCCGAAGACCCGCGGUUUCAGAACGCAGCGCGGUGAUCUCCGCCCGGCAACCCACCAACUCCUGCCGCAGAUUCACGAGUUCCGUAGUCUGCUGCUGCAGAACUCCCCACAGAUGCCUACGUCUACGGAGUAGAGAUUCCCACCAGGAAAUCCGUGUUCCCACACGCACACAGACGAAUUCCUCAUGUUCAUCCUCUGAGCGACGUUGUGCAGAUGGUUCCUGCAUUCCCGCAUCAUCAUGGUGUAAUCAGAUCAUCGAUUGCGCUGACGCAUCGGACGAGAAAAGCUGUAAUAGCACAGACUGCACAGAAUACUACAGACUGGGCGCUCGCGCCAGCAACAGCGAGCGGUUUCUAAGCUGCAAUUCCACGUCGCUCUGUGUUCAUCCCUCCUGGAUCUGUGACGGAGCCAACGACUGUGGGGAUUACGCCGAUGAAAUACACUGCCAUGCUUCUUCCAUCCAUACGUGCGAGGAUGGCCAUUUCGCGUGUCCCAGUGGAAACUGCAUCUCCAGCGUCUGGUUGUGCGACGGACAGAAGGAUUGCGAGGACGGAGCGGAUGAAUUUCAGUGUGAUUCAUCGUGCCUUUGGAAUCAGUUCGCCUGCUCGAAAAACAAGUGCAUUGCCAAACAGUGGCUCUGUGACGGCGAGGACGACUGCGGUGACGGAUUGGACGAAAGCGAGGAAAUUUGCGGUUUGGCUACGUGCGCCCCGGGAUUGUUCAGUUGCCCAGGAUCGUACGCUUGUGUACCCAGGAACUGGUUAUGUGACGGGGAGAGAGAUUGUCCCGAUGGCAGCGAUGAACUAGCGGUAGCUGGCUGUGCUCCGAACAACACGUGCACCGAGAGCACGUUCCAGUGCCGAAACCAGAACUGCGUUCCGCGGCGUUUCGUGUGCGACCAUGACGACGACUGCGGAGACGGUUCUGACGAGUCUCUGGAAUGCGAAUAUCGUUUAUGCAAAGAGGAGGAGUUCCGCUGCGCAGAUGGGAGGUGUUUAUUGAGAGCCCAAUGGGAAUGUGACGGCUUUCCCGACUGUCUGGACCAAUCAGACGAGCUGCCACUCAACCCAAAGUGUUCCGCUGCAGAAAGUUUGUGCAACGGUUCGGUUUUCAUGUGCGCAAACGGCCGCUGCGUUCCGUUGGGAAGCGUGUGUAAUCAACACGACGACUGCGGGGACCGAUCAGACGAGAGGAACUGCCACGUUAACGAGUGUUUAAACCGUAAAGUCAGCGGAUGUACCCAGGACUGUCAAGACCUACCCGUGGGAUACAAGUGUACGUGCUGGCCUGGGUUUCGCCUGAAAAACGACGGCAAGACUUGCAUUGACGUGGACGAAUGUUCGGAGAAGUUUCCCUGCAGUCACCAGUGCAUCAACACCUACGGGUCUUUUCACUGCCUGUGUGCCGACGGGUACCAGCGCCCCGCCAGUAACCUGCACAGCUGCAGGUCUCUCUCAGCUGAGGAGCCUUUUCUUAUUCUUGCUGAUCAUCAUGAAAUCCGAAAGAUUAGUCUGGAUGGAUCAAACUACACUCUUCUGAAACAGGGACUCAGUAAUGUCAUCUCUCUAGACUUUGACUACAGGAAGGAGUUGAUCUAUUGGAUUGACACUAGCAGGCCCAGCGGACGCAGAAUAAACAGAAUGCGCCUGAAUGGAAGUGACCUCAAGGUGGUUCAUAGGACGUCGGUCCCCAGUGCUCUCGCUGUGGACUGGAUCGGCAAGAACUUGUACUGGUGUGACGGCGAGAGAAAGACACUCGAGGUGGCGAAAGCUAAUGGACUCUACCCGACCGUACUGCUGAGGACUGGAUUGAGAAAUCCAACCGCUUUAGCGCUUGACACUCUCAUGGGAUAUGUCUUCUGGAUCGACUGCUGCGAGCAGCCCCAAAUUGGACGGAUCGGGAUGGAUGGAAGCAAGCCACGUGUCCUGAUUGAUACAGAAAUACGUGCUCCCUCAGCCCUGACCAUUGACCAUAUCAACAAAAGGAUCUACUGGGCUGACGAGAACCAUAUCUUGUUUUCAAAUAUGGAUGGUACAAAAAGAAACAAAGUCCCAAUCAAGGACAUAGGUGGUGUAACCAGUCUCACACUGUUUGAGGACUUCAUCUACUGGAGCGACCAGAAGUCGAAAACCCUCAGUCGCUCGCACAAGACGUCCGGCGGCCAACAUACAGAACUCCUCAGCUCCUGGCAAACCAUUCGAGACAUUAAAGUCUACCAUCCGCUCCGACAGCCUGACGUGCCAAAGCAUCAGUGUCAGGUGACUAAUGGAGGGUGCAGUCACCUAUGCCUUCUUUCCCCUGGUGGGGGAUACAAGUGCGCUUGCCCUACACACUUCUACCUGGCAAACGACAACAAAACCUGUCUGUCUAACUGCACCGCCAGCCAGUUUCGCUGUGGUACGGAUGAGUGUAUUCCCUUCUGGUGGAAGUGCGACACCGUGGACGACUGCGGAGACGGAUCCGACGAGCCGGCUGAUUGUCCGGAGUUUAAAUGCCAGCCCGGAAGGUUCCAGUGUGGGACGGGUUUGUGUGCACUCCCUCCCUUCAUCUGUGAUGGAGAGAAUGACUGCGGAGACAACUCAGAUGAAGCCAACUGUGACUCAUAUAUCUGCUUGUCUGGCCAGUUUAAGUGCACUCACAGGCAGAAGUGCAUCCCUAUAAACCUGCGCUGUAACGGGCAAGAUGACUGUGGAGAUGGCGAAGAUGAAACCGAUUGCCCCGAGAACACUUGCUCGCCGUCCCAGUUUCAAUGCAAGACCACAAUGCACUGCAUCUCCAAGCUGUGGGUGUGCGACGAGGACCCCGACUGUGCCGACGGCUCGGACGAGGCCAACUGUGAUGAAAAGACUUGUGGGCCGCAUGAAUUUCGCUGCAAGGACAACAACUGCAUACCAGACCACUGGAGAUGUGACGGGCAGAGCGACUGCAGUGACAAUUCGGACGAGGAGAACUGCAAGCCAGUAACAUGCAACUCGAAAAAUUUCAUCUGCGCCAACGGAGAGUGCAUCUCCUCACGUUUCCGCUGCGACGGCGACUUUGACUGCACCGAUAACUCGGACGAGAGAGGCUGUGAGAGCCACUGCUCCGAGGAUCAGUUCCAGUGCCUGAAUCAUCUUUGUAUCUCGGUCAAAUGGCUCUGUGAUGGACAGGAAGACUGCAAAACCGGAGAAGACGAGGCCAACUGCAGCCCUGCCAACACUGCCAUGACAGCUCGGCCUACAUCAUGUGCUCAGAACGAGUAUGUUUGUGUUGGAGGAGGCUGUGUUUCGGCUGCCCAACGCUGUGACGGACAAAAUGACUGUUCAGACGGAUCUGAUGAGGUGGACUGUAUCCGGGAGUGUAAGGAGGACGAGUUCCUGUGUCGUAAUCGGGCACACUGUGUUCCCGCUCGCUGGAGGUGUGACAGAGUCUUCGACUGCCUGGAUCAAAGUGACGAGGACAACUGUGACCAGGGGUCGUUGGCGUGCCGCGCAGACGAGUUUGUUUGUAACAACACGCUGUGUAAGCUGCUGGUCUGGCUGUGUGAUGGUGAGGAUGACUGCGGAGACAACUCUGAUGAAGAUUCAAGCAUGUGCGGAAAGUUGCCGUGUCCUCCAAACAGACCCUUCCGCUGCAGGAAUGACAGAGUGUGUCUGCGAACUGAACAAAUCUGCAACGGCGUGAACGACUGCGGCGAUAAUUCAGACGAAGAUGACUGUGCGGAUGUGGUGAAAAGACCAAAGCCAUGCGGGAAAGCAGAAUUCGCCUGUGCCAAUCACCGCUGCAUCCCUGCCGAGCUGCAGUGCGACCUUUUCGACGAUUGCGAAGACGGCGGAUCGGAUGAGCGCGACUGCAAGGCAUAUUCCGUAGACGGUGCGUGUCGAGGACGGGCCGACUUGUGUGGAGACGACGCCUUCUGCAAUCAUACAAAAACACCCUCAGUCUGCCAAUGCAAAGACGGCUUUCAGAGGAACCAGAAGACCAAACAAUGUGAAGAGGUGAACGAGUGUCUGCGGUUUGGGAGCUGCUCGCAGUACUGCACCAACACCAAGGGCUCGUACAAGUGCACGUGUGACCGAAACUUCAAGGAGAUCGAUGGGGAAUGCAUCACGAAGGGACCAGAAGAUCAGGUCCUCUACGUGGCCAACGACACCGAAAUCCGCAGUUUUGUCUAUCCGUACAACCAAACCCAUGGACACACUCAACUGGCCCGAAUCUCAGACAGUGCUCGCAUCAUUGGCAUGGACGCGCUAUUUCACCAUCACAAGUUUGUGUGGGCCACUCAGUUUAACCCCGGGGGCAUUUUUUACAAAGACCUUCAGGACAGGAGCCCACUCACAUCAAACAGUGGAGUCAUAUGUCCAGAUUUCCGGAGGCCCCGGGACAUUUCCGCUGAUUGGGUGACGGGGAACCUGUACUGGACGGAUCACUCCCGGAUGCACUGGUUCAGCUACUACACGGCACACUGGCGCCGACUUCGCUACUCCAUCAACGUGGGACAGCUGGGGGGUCCCAACUGCACCCGGCUCAUCACAGAUAUCGACGGGGAACCCUUUGCUAUUACUGUUAAUCCUGUACGCGGGAUGGUGUACUGGACCGUCAUUGGUGACCACUCUCACAUCGAAGAGGCUGCCAUGGACGGGUCCUUGCGUCGCAUUUUGCUGGAGAGGAACUUGCGUAGACCGACAGGACUUGCAAUUGAUUAUUACAACCAGCGGCUAUACUGGUCAGACUCUGAGCUGUCUCAGAUCGGAAGUGUGCGUUUCGAUGGCUCUGAUUCGCUGGUGGCUGCUAGCAGUCGAGAGGGAAUUUCUCAACCCUUCCGAAUUGACCUGUUUGAGGACUACAUCUACGGGGUCAGCAUGAAGCACAAUGUCUUCAGGGUUCAUAAAUAUGGGAAGCUGCCUGCCGAGAAGCUCAGUUUGGGUGUGGAGAGAGCGUCCAGCAUCUUGGUCUUCCAUCGGUACAAACAACAGGAGGCGUCCAACCCAUGUGCAAAGAUGAAUUGUGCUUUCCUUUGCCUCCUGAACCCCAGCGGGGCCAGAUGUGUGUGUCCUGAGGGGAAAAUUCUGCUGAACAGGACCUGCACGGACACCAACAUCUCAGGAGAUCUUUGUCGUCCUGCCUGUGAGAACGGAGGUCGGUGCGUCACCAAUGAACGAGGGGAAUCGCGUUGCUUCUGUUGGCCGAAUUACUCUGGGGAUCGAUGUGAAAUCAGCCACUGUAAGGACUACUGCCUCAACGGAGGCACUUGCACAGGAUCUCCACUAGGAAAGCCGACAUGUCGCUGUGCUCUGGGUUUCACGGGUCCUCUGUGUGAGAAGCGUGUUUGUGACGGUUACUGUCUGAACGGAGGCACGUGUGACAUGACCCUCGGGAACCAACCCGUGUGCCACUGUCUGGCAGAAUACACUGGAGAACGCUGUCUACACCAUAUUUGUCACCAUUAUUGUGUGAACUCCAAAGGCUGCACACUGUCCGGCUCGGGACACGUGGAGUGUGUGUGUCCCACCCGCUACGAGGGGCCGAAAUGUGAGACGGACCGAUGUCUGCGCUGCCGAGGGGCCCCGUGCAUCGUGGAUGAAGAGACCGGAGACGUCGCCUGCAACUGUACGAACGGCAGAAUCGCAGCCAGCUGUCAGCUGUGUGACGGAUACUGUUAUAACGGCGGAACCUGCCACCUCGACUCUGAGACGGGCCUGCCGUUCUGUCAAUGCUCUGCAAACUGGUCAGGAACACAGUGCGAAAGACCUGCAGCGAAGACCAACCGGUCAGAAAACGUCAGUGGGAGAAGUAUUGCCAUAAUAGUGCCUCUAGUUCUUCUUGUAUGCAUCAUCACCGCUGUUGCAGUGGGACUCCUUAUUUGCAAAAGGUGUCGAAGAGGUAAGCAGGUUCAGCGGCAGCCCAUGGCCAAUGGUGGCUUGAACGUGGAGAUCGGGAAUCCGUCUUAUAACAUGUACGAAGUUGACCACGACAAUCACGUAGAUGUAGGAAGCUUUCUUCACCCCAGCUUCACCCUUGACCCUCAUAAGGGCUGGUGUGUGAAGUCAAGCGACCCGCGCAAUUUGCCCCCCGCGCGCCCAAUGAGCGCACACACCUUACCCAUCCAGAACGUUCCAAAGGAGCUCAUUCCAGGACAGGCCAUGAACUAUUCAAACCCCAUCUAUUCAAAGAUGACGUACCAUGACGGACAGCACUGUCGAAAACCAGUCAUCAACCUCGACAUGAGACGCGAUUUACUCCCAAAGAGACUGGAAACGACGAUUCGAGAAACGGCGGCGUAACCUAGCUUUUCCACAACCUGCUUUGCUUUUGUUUUUUGUUUUUUUAUAAAGAUCUGUAUAAAAUGUAUAAAAAAAAUAAACUUUUUAUGUCCAGUCAGGUUAAACCAUCUCA